GCUGCUGAGGUAUUGCAGAUACACAGCCAGGCUGGGGGUUGCUGGUAUGGAGCAAGACCAGGGUGAAACAGGGCGCUACGUCUUGUCCUUUGUCGGCUGCGGUUUGGCCAUCGUGGGCACCUAUCUGCUGGUGACAUUUGCGCCCAAUAGUCAUGAGAAGAUGACAGGCGAGAACAUUGCCAGGCAUCUCGUGAGCUGGCCGUUUCUCCUGUACAUGGUAAGCGAUGGUGCUCUCCUUCUGCCUGGGAGAGUAGGGGUGGUCGAGUCCUAGACACUGGACUUCAGGGCCCAGCAGUUGGAAUCACCGAGCUUUCGAACACACUGGUCCCAUGUCUUUCCUGAGCACCAUCCACAUCCAUCCAGAGUACACUGCCAGCCCUGGGUCUAUGGAGGCCUG